ACUGCUAUUAAUAGUAGUAACCUAACUAACAUCAACAUAAAAUAAAGUGUUACCAAAUCUCCAUAUAACUUACUCACGCACGCUCCAAAAAGUAUAAAAAGUAAAUAUAAGUCAAGCACCAAUAUAAAUAGAAUUUUAUGUUUUGACAUAAAUUAUUAGAAACAACUGAAAUAACAGUUAAGCUAAUGUCUAAAAUCGUAGUUGAUAAGACAGUUCUUACACCUCAAACACUUUAAAUAAUAUAAUUAAGCUGCUUUGGAUAAAAGAUCACACCUUAAAAUUGGUAAAAGUUUUUGUAAAUGAAAUUGAAUUUUUUAUCCUCAAACAAACUCCUGUUUUUAAAAUCCUCAGACUUCAUAAGGAGUUUUAUUUCGAGCGGGUCCGUAUCAGCUUAUAGGCUACUUUGUGUGAGAAAGUGUGAGUCUGAAGGGUUGCACUGAUGCGUGGAGAGUGAUGUCCCGCUCACGGAUGUUCUUCCUGUCUACUGUGCUCGUCGUGGCCCUUUUUCGUCUCAUUUUGGGUCAGAACUGCUCAGAGCACUGCAAGGCAUGUGGAGGGCCAGAGAAAGACCAAUGUCUUCAGUGCCAAAGCGGAUUCAUCCUGCAUGACAACCUGUGUGUAGAUAUUGAUGAAUGUGGUACUGAUCUGGAUCGGUGUCCCGACAACACGUACUGCUUGAACACCCAUGGCUCUUAUGAAUGCAAAGGAUGUGAUAAGGCCUGUGUUGGCUGUAUGGGUGGAGGAGCUGCCCGCUGUAAGAAAUGUGCUCCUGGUUUCAGGUCAUCAGGGAUAAGAUGCAUAGAUAUAGACGAGUGUGCUGAGGAGGUGUUGGCCUGUCCUGGUGUCAAUGUCUUCUGUGUGAAUACAGAGGGGUCUUUUCACUGUCAGUGUGCAGGCGGAUACACACGCACCGGCAACACCUGUGAGAGGAGCCAGGCCUCAGAUUCUGCUGAAAAGGGUUUUUUGGAUGACAUUCAGGAGGAUGAAGUGGAGGUUCUGCAGCAGAUGUUCUUCGGGGUGGUGUUGUGCGCGUUGGCCACGUUGGCGGCUAAAGGGGACUUGGUGUUCACCUCCAUCUUUAUGGGGGCCGUGGCGGCCAUGGCUGGAUACUGGCUCUCUGAUAAGAGCGACCGACUGAUAGAUUCAAUCUUGAAGGGGAGAUAAAUACAAAAGGGGCCUGCAAAGUUGUGUUACCUGCAAAGUUGGGCCAUUUCUUACACAAUGAGAUGAGUUUAUGUUGAGAUCAAAUGGCCCAAGCUAGAAAAAAAAAAAUCUCAUUCCACUCACUAGUUGCCCUGUUUGGCGCAGUGGAUAAGACACAUGCCUUUAGUGUGAGAGACCCGGGUUUGAAUCCACUAUGAGACACCAAUGUGUCCCUGAGCAAGACACUUAAAGGGUUAGUUCACCCAAAAAUGAAAAUUAAGUUUCAUUGAAUACUUACGUUAUUUUUCUACUAUUUCUUGUUCAGUUCUUGCGCAUGCGUCGUGGAAAUCUCUUGAACUCUCGUCUCAGGCCUAGAAGGAAGAAAAGGAAUAAUCGA